AGAAUCCCAGUAGCUAGGCAGCCUCCCUCUUUUCUUUCCUUCCUUCCUUCUACCCCUUCGGUAUGUAGGAAGGGAGAGACAUCAAUGGAAAGGCUGAAACAUGCGUAGAUGGACUUUCAAAUGCAUUUUUUCUUGAAAAAGGAAGAUAAAUCCCAGUUGCCAGUGCACUGACUUUUUUGUCGCUGUUGUAUUGCUUGGUGAAAAUGGGGUUCGCUUACUCCAGCUAAAUCCUUGGAGCAUUUCAGAGAGUUGCUACAGUGAAGGACUUAUGGUAUUUUUUGCAUCAGAGGAGCUACAUUGAUCUUAACCAUUUUUUUGUAAAAUGGAGAAUGAAAUAUUCACACCCCUUUUGGAGCAGUUCAUGUCUAGCCCUCUUGUCACCUGGGUAAAGACAUUUGGACCGUUAGCUGGAGGAAAUGGGACCAACCUGGAAGAAUAUGUGGCGCUGGUGGAUGGCGUGUUUCUCAACGAAGUCAUGCUGCAAAUUAAUCCAAAGUCUGCUAAUCAGAGGAUAAACAAAAAAGUAAACAAUGAUGCGUCAUUAAGGAUUCAAAAUUUGUCUAUUUUGGUGAAACAAAUAAAAACCUACUAUCAGGAGAAUUUGCAGCAGUUGAUCAUGAUGUCUUUGCCAAAUGUAUUAAUAAUUGGCAAAAAUCCUUUUUCUGAGCCAGGUACUGAAGAAAUAAAAAAACUCCUCCUGCUUUUACUUGGUUGUGCAGUUCAGUGUCAGAAAAAAGAAGAAUUUAUUGAAAGAAUCCAAGGUCUGGAUUUUGACACUAGAGCAGCUGUUGCAGCCCAUAUUCAAGAGGUAACUCAUAAUCAGGAAAAUGUGUUUGAUCUGCAAUGGAUGGAUGUGAUUGUAUUGACACAAGAAUAUGUUGAACCUCUCUUGAAAAAUAUGGCGUUACAUUUAAAAAGACUUAUAGAUGAAAGAGAUGAGCACUCAGAGACUAUCAUAGAACUCUCAGAAGAACGGGACUGUCUCCGUUUUCUACCUCACGCAUCGGCAGCACAAUCACCUUGUGGAUCUCCUGGCAUGAAACGCACUGAAAGCAGACAGCACCUGUCAGUAGAGCUAGCAGAUGCCAAAGCAAAGAUAAGAAGGCUUAGGCAAGAGCUUGAGGAAAAGACUGAGCAGUUGCUUGACUGCAAACAGGAACUUGAACAGAUGGAAGCUGAACUGAAGAGACUUCAGCAAGAGAAUAUGAAUUUACUCUCAGAUGCCCGUUCUGCCAGAGUGUAUAGAGAUGAAUUAGAUGCUCUUCGUGAGAAGGCAAUUCGAGUUGACAAGCUUGAAAGUGAAGUCAGCCGGUAUAAAGAGAGGCUGCAUGAUAUUGAAUUCUACAAAGCUAGAGUGGAGGAGUUAAAGGAAGACAAUCAAGUGUUGCUAGAAACAAAGACAAUGUUGGAAGAUCAAUUAGAGGGGACCCGAGCCCGUUCUGAUAAAUUACAUGAGUUAGAAAAAGAGAAUCUACAACUAAAAGCUAAAUUACAUGAUAUGGAGAUGGAGCGUGAUAUGGACAGAAAGAAGAUUGAGGAACUCAUGGAGGAAAAUAUGACUCUAGAAAUGGCUCAGAAACAAAGUAUGGAUGAAUCAUUGCAUCUUGGCUGGGAACUUGAACAGAUUAAUAGGACUACUGAACUUUCUGAAGUGCCACAGAAAUCACUUGGUCAUGAAGUAAAUGAACUGACAUCAAGCAGAUUACUGAAGCUGGAAAUGGAAAACCAAAGUUUGCUGAAGACAGUGGAAGAACUACAAAGUGCAGUGGGUUCUGUAGAAGGCAGUAGUUCCAGGAUUCUGAAAAUGGAAAAAGAAAACCAAAGGCUUGGCAAAAAGCUUGAAGAGCUAGAGAAUGAAAUUAGCCAAGAGAAACAAAGUCUUCAGAACAGUCAAAAUUUGAGUAAAGAUUUGAUGAAAGAAAAAGCACAGCUUGAAAAGACACUUGAAGCACUUCGAGAAAACUCAGAGCGACAAAUUAAGCUAUUAGAACAAGAAAAUGAACACUUGAAUCAAACCGUAGCUUCUCUGAGACAACGCUCACAAAUCAGUGCUGAAGCGAGAAUGAAAGAAAUUGAAAAAGAAAAUAAAAUCCUUCAUGAGUCUAUUAAAGAGACCAGCAGUAAGUUAAAUAAGAUUGAAUUUGAAAAAAAGCAAGUCAGGAAAGAACUGGAACACUACAAAGAGAAAGGGGAGAGAGCAGAAGAGCUCGAGAAUGAGGUGCAUCAUUUGGAGAAGGAAAAUGAAUUAUUACAGAAAAAAAUUACUAACUUAAAAAUCACUUGUGAGAAGAUUGAGGCCUUAGAACAAGAAAACUCAGACCUGGAAAUGGAAAACAGAAAACUCAAAAAAACUUUGGAUAGCCUAAAAAAUCUCACUUUUCAAUUAGAAUCCUUAGAAAAGGAGAAUUCACAACUCGAUGAAGAAAAUUUGGAAUUAAGAAGAACAAUUGAAUCCUUGAAGUGUACGAGCAUUAAAGUGGCGCAAUUACAACUGGAAAAUAAGGAACUGGAGAGUGAAAAGGAGCAACUUAAAAAAAGCCUUGAACUCAUGAAAGCCUCAUUCAAGAAAACUGAACGCUUGGAAGUCAGCUACCAAGGCCUGGACACAGAAAACCAAAGGCUACAGAAAGCCCUUGAAAACAGCAAUAAGAAGAUUCAGCAAUUAGAAAGUGAAUUACAAGAUUUGGAGUCUGAAAAUCAGACUCUGCAAAAGAACUUAGAGGAGUUAAAAAUCUCUAGUAAGCGCCUAGAGCAAUUGGAAAAGGAGAAUAAGCUGUUAGAACAAGAGACUUCUCAACUGGAAAAAGAUAAGAAGCAGCUAGAAAAAGAAAAUAAAAGGCUUCGACAACAAGCAGAAAUUAAAGAUAAUACUUUAGAAGAAAACAAUGUAAAAAUUAGUAAUCUGGAAAAGGAAAAUAAAUCUCUAUUUAAAGAAAUAGUUGUAUAUAAAGAGUCAUGUGUACGCCUGAAAGAACUAGAAAAAGAAAAUAAAGAACUCGUGAAAAGAGCUACAAUUGACAAGAAAACCCUUGUCACUUUGCGAGAGGACUUGGUGAAUGAAAAAUUGAAGACUCAACAAAUGAACAACGAUCUAGAAAAGCUUGCCCAUGAACUUGAAAAAAUAGGCUUAAACAAGGAGCGGCUCUUGCAUGAUGAACAGAGCAGUGAUGACAGUAGGUACAAGCUUUUGGAGUCAAAAUUAGAAUCUACACUUAAGAAGUCUCUCGAAAUAAAAGAAGAAAAGAUUGCUGCUCUGGAGGCUCGUUUAGAAGAAUCAACAAAUUUAAACCAGCAGCUCCGUCAGGAACUUAAAACAGUGAAAAAGAACUAUGAAGCUCUCAAGCAAAGACAAGAAGAAGAAAGGAUGGUUCAGAAUUCUCCCCCAAGAAGCGGAGAAGACAAUCAAUCUGUCAAUAAGUGGGAGAAAGAAAAUCAGGAAACUACUAGAGAAUUACUGAAAGUUAAAGAUAGAUUAAUUGAAGUAGAAAGGAAUAAUGCUACACUGCAGGCAGAGAAGCAAGCACUGAAGACCCAAUUAAAGCAACUUGAGACACAGAAUAGCAAUCUUCAGGCUCAGAUUCUUGCACUUCAGAGACAAACUGUUUCUCUACAGGAACAAAAUACAACUCUACAAACUCAGAAUGCCAAGCUGCAGGUUGAAAAUUCCACCCUUAAUUCUCAAAGCACAUCUCUUAUGAAUCAGAAUGCACAACUGUUGAUCCAGCAGUCUGCUUUAGAAAAUGAGAACGAAUGUGUGCUCAAGGAACGUGAGGAUCUGAAAUCAUUGUACGAUUCACUUCUCAAGGAUCAUGAGAAGCUGGAACACCUGCAUGAACGCCAAGCUUCUGAGUACGAAUCUCUGAUUGCUAAACAUGGAAGUCUUAAGUCUGCACACAAAAAUCUGGAGGUGGAGCAUAAGGACUUAGAAGAUAGGUACAAUCAGUUGCUGAAACAGAAAGUGCAGCUGGAAGAAUUGGAGAAGGUACUCAAGAUAGAGCAGGAGAAAAUGCUGCAGCAAAAUGAAAAACAUGAAACUGUAGCAACAGAGUAUAAAAAACUUCGUGAUGAAAAUGAAAGGCUAAAUCAUACAUACAGUCAGCUCUUAAAAGAGAAUGAGGUUCUCCAAACUGAUCAUAAGAAUUUGAAAACAUUAUUGAACAAUUCCAAACUAGAACAAACACGAUUAGAAGCUGAGUUUUCUAAACUCAAAGAACAGUACCAACAACUGGAUAUUACAUCUACAAAACUAAAUAAUCAGUGUGAGCUGCUUAGCCAGCUUAAAGGAAAUCUGGAGGAGGAGAACAGACAUCUACUAGAUCAAAUUCAGACGUUAAUGCUACAGAAUAGAACAUUACUUGAGCAGAAUAUGGAAAGCAAGGAUCUCUUCCAUGUAGAGCAAAGGCAGUACAUUGACAAGCUAAAUGAAUUAAGGCGGCAGAAGGAGAAAUUGGAGGAGAAGAUAAUGGAUCAGUAUAAAUUUUACGAACCAUCUCCACCGAGAAGGAGGGGCAACUGGAUUACUCUGAAAAUGAGGAAGCUGAUAAAAUCUAAGAAGGAUGUUAAUCGAGAACGUUUGAAGUCUGUGACCCUUACGCCUACCCGUUCAGAAUCCAGUGAAGGCUUUCUUCAGCUGCCCCACCAGGACAGUCAGGAUAGUUCCUCUGUGGGCUCAAACUCCCUUGAAGAUGGCCAGACCUUGGGGACCAAAAAGAGUAGUAUGGUUGCACUGAAAAGACUGCCCUUUUUGAGGAACAGACCGAAGGAAAAAGACAAAAUGAAGGCCUUCUACCGUCGCUCCAUGUCCAUGAAUGACCUGGUGCAGUCCAUGGUCCUAGCAGGAGGACAAUGGACAGGUAGUUCUGAGCAUCUGGAGGGUCCUGAUGAUAUAUCUACGGGUAAAAGGAGGAAAGAAUUGGGAGCUAUGGCCUUCUCUACUACAGCUAUCAACUUUGCAGCUGUCAACUCUUCUACAGGCUUCAGAUCCAAGCAGUUGCUAAAUAAUAAAGAUACUACAUCCUUUGAAGAUGUAAGUCCACAAGGUAUUAGUGAUGAUUCUAGUACAGGAUCAAGAGUUCAUGCUUCCAGACCAGCCAGCCUUGAUAGUGGCAGAACAUCCACUAGCAAUAGCAAUAACAAUGCUUCACUCCAUGAAGUCAAAGCAGGUGCAGUUAACAAUCAAAGCAGGCCGCAAAGUCACAGCAGCGGAGAAUUUAGUCUGCUACAUGAACACGAGGCUUGGUCUAGCAGCAGCAGCAGUCCUAUCCAGUAUUUGAAAGGUCAUACCAGGUCUAGUCCUGUGCUCCAGCAAAGAACGCCUGAAACGCUGGAUAGUCGUGGAAAACAGAUCAAAACCAGUUCUCCUGGAAGUGAAGUUGUUACCCUGCAACAGUUUUUAGAAGAAAGCAACAACAGUACCUCAAGUGAGAUGAAAUCUGCAAGUGAAGAGAAUCUUUUAGAUGAAGUCAUGAAAAGCUUAUCUGAGUCUGCGGAGCUGACAGGAAGGGAAAAGCUAAGAAAACAGCCGUCUGCCGGUUGUGGUAUUGUCAGAUCAUUAAGUGUAAAGAAUACAGUUGAUUUCUCAGAUGGACGAUCCAUUAAGCCAGAACAACUUGUAAGGCCCAGCCUUCGUAAAACUGAAGAUACCUACUUUACUAGCUCUCCGAUAAAAUUUACAUCAGGCGCUCAAGGGAAGGCCAAAUCGGUUAAAGAAAAGAUACAAGCAACCGUAUCCCAGCGACAAUCAAGAGAUUGCAAUCCUUAUGCUACCUUACCUCGUGCGAGCAGCGUGAUUUCUACAGCGGAGGGAACGACUCGAAGGACAAGCAUUCACGACUUUUUGUCUAAGGACUGUAGGCAACCUGUGUCAGUUGAUCCAGCACCGUCCAGCGCUGACAGAAGUGUUCCACCAACCUCUAAUGUGGAAGCUAUCCCAGAAAGCAGAAAUUCAAAAAGCAGGUCUAGGGAGCAACAAAGCUCCUAAUUCUAUUGCCCACUAGAUGAGAUGUGGGCCAAGUGGUGAGUUUCCUGCCCAAAAUGUAAAUGAGAUUAAUUUCAUUUACAACAAACUAACAGCAUUACAUAUAAGAACAAGUGCACAUUGCAUUAACCAGAUGUAAAUACUGCUUGCUUAACUGGCUUCUACUUUGCUUAUGAGUCAAGCCAGACCAGGGCGCUUCACAGCAGUUGUCUUGCCUGUGUAGGCAGGGAACUUCAUCCCAUUUAGCCUUUUGCCUGUCAAAAUUACAUUUAUUUUUAGUCUUCAAAUCUCUUGAAGAAGUUGAAAGAAAUAAGUCAUGUUGAAGUCAGUUCUUAGAAAGGGACAGAUGAAUCUAAAAGAGUAGUUUAACAAACCAAAAAGCAUUCUGUACUACAAGGAAACUGCCUUUUUAUAAAGCUCGUCUUUGGCGUUCUGUCCUCCUCUUGACUUCAUUGAAACACCUUUGAUGCAUGCUGUUAGUGCUGUUAGUUCUGGUAGUGACUUAACUCUGUGUUUUACACUUCCACACUUUAAGCUUUUCUUAUGUUCUUUUCUCUUUCCACCUUUCAACUGAAUGCAGAGAGAAAAGUGUCCUUCAGUAUCUCAGUGUGAAGCCUUUAUAUCUGAAGUAACAAGACAGCGACUGUAGGAAUCAUUAAUAAAAAUUAAGGGAAUUUUUUUACAUUCUUCGUGACUAGAGCAGGCAAGAAAUAAAAACCUACCUACCUACCUUCCUUCCUUCCUUGAAUCAAGGAGCUCUACUGGAGUCUACUGCCGAAAAUUUGUAGAUGGUCUUAGGAAUUAUUGCACAUUGCACUGUUAAGAUCUACUGAAUAAAGGACAGUUCUCAUCUCCCUAAGGACCAAGAAUUUUAAGGUCUCAAGAAUUACUCCAGGAAAAAAAAAAAAAAACAAAAAAACAAAAAACUUUUUUCAUCUUCUGUUUAUGAAAUUAGCCACUGAUUUGCUUAAGCUUCUGCUAAUAAUUAGCCAAAAACCCCCAUAACUAGCCGUUUAUAUUUACUUCUGUAAAUGUAAGAUAAAUGCUGUAGUAUUUUGUUGAAAUUGCCUGUAUAUACAGAUACAAAAACCUCACAGCUUCCGGGCACUUCACUGCCUUACUCGGUUAGCGUAACCUGCAUGAAAUGGCUCUACAAAGUUUAUGCUGAUUUUUUGUUGCAUACCGCGAGAGAAAAAAUUUGUUUACAUACAUGAAAAAGCUCGGUAACUAACAGAAGUGGGAGUCAUGGGAUCGUCGUGUUAUCCAGAAAUUGUUUGUCAUCUGUGUUUUUCACAUUCCCAAGUUACUCUGCGUAUAUAUGUUCAGAUGUUUCUGACGGGACAUUGUCAGGUAUGAGUUUUCUAUAACUUUUAUUUUAAUAGAAGGCUGUUUUCAACAAAUGGCAUUUCCAGGAUAAGACUGUCUUACGAUGUUUGUGUAUUGACCUAUUAUUAUUAUUAUUAUUAUUUUUUAUUGUUUGUCUUUUGACAUGAGCUGAUUGUGGCGUAGGAGGUUUCUCGAUGGCAAAAAGAAAUGUAAAUAAUAUCAUACGCAUUUUACAAUCAGUUCCCCCUAAGGUUAUCUUUUAUUAGUAAGAUACGUUUUGUUCAUUACUGAUUUAUAUUAAAGUCAGCAAACGUUAUUGGUACGUUCAGUGGUUGCAUACAUUUGUUGUCUCGAAAGCACCUGCAGGAGCUCGCAGGGAGCGUACGUGACUUUAUAAGCAGAUCCAAAGCGAGCUGUUAUAAUUAUUUUAUUACAAACAUUCAUAUUCCUGUUCCAACGGGUUAAGGGAAGCAUGGAACCUCCUCGUGUCCCGUCCUCCAGCAGGGUCGUACAUGACUUUCACCUACAGCUCUCCCGUUCACCCCACUGCAGGUAAGCACGACGCAGAGCCAGGGUCGCAGGGGG